AGUGCCGUUUUUGGUUCGGGACCAGGAUUUAGAGGGAAAUUGUUGAGCGGCUGAAGGGAAAGAGGGAGUCCCGGCCCCUUGCAGUCUCUCAAGGUCUGUCCCAAUAUCCAUGGGAGUUCUCAAACUCGGGGCUUGUUUUACUGUUCUUCGGGACCAUGUCUGCCAAAGAAAAUGCGGCUUGUAGAAAAUUCCAGGCGAAUAUCUUCAAUCAGAGCAAGUGUCAGAACUGUUUCAAAUCCCGGGAAUCGCAUCUAACCUCCGACCAAGAUUUGAACCAGGCAAAACCUAUCUAUGGGGGCUGGUUAUUGUUGGCUCCUGAAGGAACUGACUUUGAAAAUCCAGUGCAACGAUCAAGGAAGUGGCAGAGAAGAUUUUUUCUCCUGUACGAGCACGGCUUACUACGUUAUGCAUUGGAUGACUCGCCCAGCACUCUUCCGCAAGGCACCAUUAAUAUGAAUCUCUCCACUGAUGUCACUGACGGUGAGAGUAAGACAGCUCAGAAGAACUCACUUUGCAUUAUAAUGCCAGAGAAACAGCAUUUCAUUCGUGCAGAAAACAAAGAGACCAUCAAUGGCUGGUUUGAAAUGCUGGUCGUGUAUCCUCGCACCAACAAACAGAAUCAAAAAAAGAAACGGAAAGUGGAACCUCCCACACCACAGGAGCCCGGACCUGCUAAAGUUGCAGUUACCAGCAGUUGCAUGCCAAAUGCUGAGAAGGUCCCGAGCACCAGGUCAACACUCUGGCAAGAACAAGAACAGCUGAAAAAUAAAAACCUCCAUGUCAUCAGUAACAUGAUGAAAAGUCCUUCACAGAACCAGUCUUCUAUUGUCACAUCUUCUGGACCAUCAGCAGUGCCUAGAGAAGCAGCCCAGAGUGUGGUAAAUGGUAAUGAAGUGGAUAGCCAGCAGAAGAAGCGUGUGGAGAGUGGCUAUUUUUCCCUGGAGAAGCUGAAGUCCGACUCAAAGCAGCUCACCUCUCCUGGAAGCAGCACCCCCAGCAGGUACAGUUCCUCUGAGAGUAGCAUGGUAAUACCGUGCCACUCUAGCCUGUGCAGUGAUCCUUUCCCUCCUACAGGUAACCUUCACAGCAGUGGUUCUUAUGUUAGCUCUUCCCAGAGCUCCUUGGACUCAGAGACCAGCGGUACCAUGCAGACGGGCAUAGCAAGUUCAAACCGCAAGGUUGGGGAAGGGCCAAGUCAUUCCCCAGCUACACGGAUUAAUCUGGACUAUGUCAGAAUGGCAGAUAUCCCCAAAGCCAAGAGGAUCAGCAGCAAACAGGCCUUCCGAGUAGAUGAGCACCAGGAGCAGAGGUUUCGUACCUGCAGUCCUAGCAGAAUGGAGUUGGCACGUUUGUUUGGUUCUGAGCGAAGGAGGUCACAGGUUAUUGAACAGUUUGAGGCCCUGGAGAUUGAGCAAGCCCAGCAGAUAGCAUCCAGUUCCUCUUCUGAGUCUAGCAUUUACAACAAAAGAUGUCGAGGUCGAAGUGAGAAGAGAUCCUAUCCAAGGAAAAGAGAUUUUGUAUCUGAGUCGGACCAAAUCAACUCUGCUCCAGACAUUUCAGCAGUGUCUCUUCCACAGUAUCGCAGGGCAAAGUCACUGGACAGAAGAGCAUCUGAAUCAACAGUGACGCCGGACCUGCUGAAUUUUAAGAAAGGCUGGAUGACAAAACUCUCUGCAGAUGGUCAGUGGAAGAAGCAUUGGUUCGUUCUGACUGACCAGGUUCUGAAGUAUUACCGGGAUUCUGCAGCAGAGGAGGCAGUGGAUUUAGAUGGUGAGAUUGAUUUAAGUAGCUGCUACGAUGUGACUGAAUAUGAAGUGCAGAGAAACUAUGGAUUUCAGAUCCAUACGAAAGCAAAGGUGUACAUGUUGUCUGCUAUGACAUCAGGGAUUCGCAGGAACUGGAUCCAAGCGAUAAUGAAAAAUGUGCAUCCUGUCACUACACCAGAUGUAACCAGGAACAUCUCAGAGGAGAAGCUGAAAGUAAGAACUCUGUUUGAAGGUGCAUCAGUCAACGGAGCAAAACCAGCAAUAACCUUGACAGAUGGAGCUGGUUUAGAAGCUGAACAGAAGAAAAGCAGGGCCCGGGAGCGAAGAAAAGAAGGGCGCUCAAGAACAUUUGAUUGGGCAGAAUUUCGUCCGGCACAACAGCGACCCAGUGGAGGAUAUGUUCACAGACCUACUUCCCUGUACCUCAGGACCAUGACUAAUUUUGAAACAGACUCUCAGGAAUUGGAAAGGGACCGUGCACGGCGGCGAGAGGAGAGACGGAAACGAUUUGAGACAACUGAUGUUUCUUUUUCUUUGGGUUGCAAUGAUGUGAACAGGAUGGAGGUGGAUGGGGCCACCAUAUCCCCGAGAGGUAAAAACGUUGAUGUUGAAAUUGAGCAUAGAUGGCAGCAGGUGGAAUGUACACCAUUGCGUGAGGAGAAACAAGUUCCUAUCCUCACUACGCAGACCUCCAGUGAAGGAAGACCUCCUUCCCAGGACCUGGCGUUAAUGUUGGACAAGGAGUUGGAGCAGUCACAUCAGGAGGUCUUCAGGCUGCAUGAACAAAACAGAGAGCUGCAGGGGCAGCUGAGGGCGGCUCUGGAGAGGGAACACAAUGCACGGGAUGGUUAUGUUCUUCAAGAAACCUGUGAGCGUGGUUUCACAGCAAUGGAAGAAUCACAUCAGAAGGUGAUUGAGGAGCUACAGAAACAGCACCAGCGUGAACUAGAGAAACUACAGCAGGAGAAGGAUCGCCUACUGGCUGAGGAAACUGCCGCAACCAUAGCAGCUAUUGAAGCAAUGAAGAAUGCCCACAGGGAGGAGCUGGAGCGAGAGUUAGAGAAAACCAACCGGUCUCAGAUCAGUGGUAUGAAUGCAGAUAUAGAGGCUUUGGGCAGACAGCACAAAGAGGAAAUGGGCUCUGUCCAGCGGGAGUUGCAGGUUCUGUCGGAGCAGUACUCCCACAAGUGUUUGGAAAACUCUCACCUGGCUCAAGCAUUAGAGGCCGAACGGCAGGCACUUCGGCAGUGUCAGCGUGAGAAUCAGGAGCUAAAUGCUCACAACCAGGAGCUAAAUAACCGCCUGGCUGCGGAAUUUGCAAGGUUAAGGGCGCUGGUUACUGAGGAAGGGAAGGGAGAGGAUGCUGGUUCACCCCUCUCACUAGGGAAAGAUGUCUAUGAACUGGAGGUUUUAUUGCGGGUCAAAGAAUCUGAAAUACAGUACCUGAAACAAGAGAUUAAUUCCCUAAAGGAUGAACUACAGACUGCACUGAGGGACAAGAAGUACGCCACAGAUAAGUAUAAGGGCAUCUACACAGAGCUGAGCAUCGUUCGAGCAAAGGCUGACUGUGAUGUCAACCGGCUGAAAGAACAACUAAAAACUGCCACGGAAGCACUGGGAGACAAGACGAUAGACUGUUGUGUUACUACCUACGAUAUCAUGAAAUCAAGAAGUAACCCAGAUUUUUUGAAGAAUAACAAGCCAACCAGUAGCAGGCUGCUGAGGACCCUGAGGUCGAAGAGCCUAAAAGAAGGUCUCACAGUGCAAGAACGGAUGAAGCUCUUUGAACCCAAGGACUAGAAGAUUGCUGCAUUCAACAUUCCUUUGGGCCAUGGCUACUCUCUCUUCAAUUAAAUAGACUGCCUCACGUUAGCAAUCAUUAAUCUUACAGGGAACAAACAUCUGGUUCAUCCUGACUUUGCACAUUAACCCAUAAUGUGACAUUUUAUUAACAAUCAGAUUUGCAGUCCAUGUCUUGAAGUUAUGCUUGACCUGUGUUAAAUACCAAUGAAUCCCUUGAGUAAAGUAACCAAAAAUUGUUUUAAUAUCUGGGAAUUCUUCUUCCCUGUUACUUUUAGGAAAAACAUUUCUAUCCUCUACAUAAAAUAAAUCCGACUUUGCUGUCCAUCACACCUGGGGAUCGUUUAUUGCCCAGACUCCGAACAAAUGGGUAUAUGUCAGGUGCUGCAAUAGUAGUGAGGCAAAAAGGAGGUUUCCUGGCUCACUGAUCCUAUUUUCCUGUUUGUUUCUGGAAAGGCAUCCAGAAGAAUGCCUUAUACUGAACUCCUCCCAGAUCAGAGCAAUGAAGAGGCAUGCAGCAAACACAGGACCCAGUAAAUUGACAGUAGGCCAAGGAUCAGUGCAAGAUUCCUUUUUGCUACUGUUCUUAAAUAGCUGGCUAUUGCCACUGAUGUAGACCUAAACAGGCAUGGACAAUCAACCCCAAUAGGUUGGAAGGGUGGUAGUGGUUGGGAGGGAAGGGGGUGGAUGCCAGUGGAUGAGAUGACAGGGAACACUGUCCAGCAGCAUUACAAUGGUUUAAUGUGGGGUCAGGAUGUGCAGUAUAUUUUAAAUAUUUACCUUGGUUGCUGCCUGCAGCAGUUCCUUUAAGGACAGUCUGUUAGAAUGCUUGCACACCUGAAUUUUCCUAUUGCAGCUGCUUCAGGGUAAACUAAUGUUGCAGAGGAGGCUUCAAGCAGGUGUUGAAUCCUUUGCAUAUGUAAAUAAUGAGCCUAUCUCCUGCCUCAGGUGUGGGUGUUGGUUGGUGCACAUCCUGCUCAUGCCUGCCAUAUUCAAGUCUUAAGUGGCUGUUUAGCACCCAAAAAAUAGGUGCUGCUCAGUCAAAUUUCUAGGCCCUAAUGUCAAAACUUCACGUAAAACAGGAAGCAAAUGUGGUAGCUUUAAACCCAAACCUAAUUCUAGUGGGCAGAAAGGAAACAGGAAUAGAUGUUAACCUGAGUUGAUCUUGGCCUUCCCUCUCCCAGUAUCAGGCUGUGGUGAUGGGAAGCCAUCUUUGAGAAAUAGUGAAUUUGGCAUGGAGAAUGGGUGCUGCAGUAAGUUAAAUGGUAUCCUUUCACUUCUGCAUCUUGUAUAUGGAUCAAAGUUGAAUUCACUCCAUUACUGUUCACCUUCAUAACAGCUGUUCAUAAAUGGUUACUAAAUUGACAAGCUCACCAAGGAAUAGAAAUUCCUACUGUGCAGUAGGGUCCUUGAGGCACACGCUUGGGAAAUGUGGAAGGAACUUAAUUAUGUCACAGCUAUGCUUGAGCAAAUUUUGCAGUUUCUAAUCUGUGGUGUCCCUGAUCUGAGAGUGCUUUGAUGCUGUUAACGGGUACCUUAAAUGGUCAAUGUUCCAUUCCCAAAGUGGAAAACCCAGUCUGAAGGGGACAAAAGUAAUGCAACAAAUUAGAGUCUUAACUUAAAGACCAUUUCAAACAAACGAAUUCAUUUCCCUGUAAUAUGUAACAGUACAAUGUGUACACAGCAAUGGGAUUCCCCCCAUAAUCAUGCAUGUCAUUUAUCACUAAAGUUUCAUGUGAUGGCUGAUGAAAUGGAGCUAUUCCAGCAUUUGAUACAUCCAUGGUGCUAGAACUAAUCUUAAAUAUAUUUCAAACUGAAAGCAACAGUUCAGUUUAUAUACAGGAUAUAAAGAACACAAAUAAAGAAAAUACAGCACAUGCAAUGCUGUGCUUGCAGCACUGCUUGCCAAGACUACUUUCUGCCCAUCUAGCCUCCUCUGAUUUUUUAGUAAAUGCAAAGUUCCUGAGGCUGUUGUUUGAAGGAUCACAUGCAGAAAUGGAGAUGAGAAUUAAUUGUCAUGAGAGUGAUGAUGAACACAAACUCUGCAUCACAUUGUGCUACUGAACUCUGUAUGUGUUUUCUGUGCAGCAGAACCUGAGUCAAGAACUGUUCCACCUUUUUUUUGCUAAGUACUUUCUACAAAAGGUCCUUGGAUAUCGAAUUCGUGAAUGAGUUCCAUGUUUGUCCUCAGGUUCUGUUCUGUGAAGCAAAACUUUAGGUUUUUUUUAAAGUUUUAAUUACAAAAUAUAACUUUACCUACAGUAGCUGCACAGAAUUGUCAGUAAUAUUAUGUUUAAAGAAUGUUAUUGAACUGAUAACUUGUUUAUUCGCUACUGAAUUCUCUUUUUGUAACUUAACGCACUUAAUUAAAGUUAGGGAAAUGCAAGCUUGUACUGAC